AUGUCGUCAACUCUGAUUGCCCUCAGCACUCUGCUCGGUUUGACUGCCGCUGUCAUUGACUCGUGUCCAGCGAACUCGCCUAUUUCUUGCCAAACCAGCGGCACCAUCCAGAAUACAUGCUGUACCGAAGUCCAGGGUCAAGUCUUACAGACUCAAUUCUGGGACUCGAGCCCAGCCACUGGGCCGUCUAACAGCUGGACAAUCCAUGGUCUUUGGCCAGAUAAUUGUGAUGGCUCUUACGAGGCCACAUGUGAUAGCUCAAGGGCGUACACCGACAUCGGUUGCAUCCUGCUUGACAAGGGCCAUGGCGAUAUCCUAAGCUACAUGGAGACCUACUGGAAGGACUACCAAGGAGACGAUGAGUCGUUCUGGUACAAGCACGGAACUUGCUAUUCUACCUUGAACCCCGACUGCUAUACCGACUACGAAAAGGAAGACGAGCUUGUCGACUUCCUCAACACCACCAUCACUCUGUUCAAGGAUCUGCCGACUUAUGAGUGGCUGGCUGAUGCCGGUAUCACCCCGAGCUCCAGCAAGACCUACACCAACGCUCAGAUUACGAAUGCACUCCAGUCUCAAUUUGGAGCCACUCCCAUCCUAUCUUGCACCAGCGGCAAGCUCAAUCAGGUCGAAUACGUCUUCAAUGUGCGCGGUAGUGUCGCCAAUGGUCAAUUCAUCGCCGUCAACCCUACCGGCACCAAAGGAAACUGCCCAAAGACUGGCAUCAAGUACUUGCCCAAGGAUCUCAGCACCACACCUGAAGCCAAUGAGGGCAGCUGUUCUUGA